GAUUUUAUGAGCUUCAGCACUUUAACAAGUACUAAGUUCUCUAUUAGUCUUUUGAAAGAAUGUUUCUCCAUUACACAAUUCUGACCUGAUCUCUUCCUGUGAUAUUUUUUGAAUAUAAGCAAAGCAGAUUGUCAUUAGAAAAUAGCACAGUUGGCUGGGCACAGUGGCUCCCGCCUAUAAUCCCAACAGUUUGAGAGGCCAAGGCAGAAAGAUUGCUUGAGCCCAAGAGUUUGAGCCUAGAUAUUGUAUUAUUGCAAAUACAGUAUCUAAUUGUAUUUGUAGUAAUACCCAAAGGUGUGUUUUGAGCCAUUUUCUCUGCCUGCCCAGGCCAUGUGCAUCCCUCCCCAACCCCAAACAGCUUUUCUUAGAGUAUCCUCUGCAUUUACAAGGCUGUGAAUCAUAUGUAUUUUCCUGGCUAAAUCCGGUUCCUUUUCUAUGUUGUUGUUAUGCCACAAUAGUUUGAUUUUCUGUUUGAAUUCUAGGACAGCUGUGGGAAGAGGCCAAGCUUGGCUGUAUAUUGCACUCAUGCAAAAGAAACUGGCAGAUUAUCUGACAGUACUUAUAGACAAUAAACAUCUCUUAAGUGAGUUCUAUGAGCCUGAGGCUUUAAUGAUGGAGGAAGAAGGGAUGGUGAUUGUCGGUCUGCUGGUGGGACUCAAUGUUCUCGAUGCCAAUCUCUGCCUAAAAGGAGAUUUGGAUUCUCAGAGGGACUCAGUGCUUCGGGCAAGGGAAUACACCCUGAAGGAAGCCUUCUUGUACCAAUCCUCAGAUGAGGAGGAGCCACCACAGUGGAAGGUCAGUCCACCUGGUUUUGUUGGAGAAAAGGUUUCUUAGCUUUAUCCUUUUGAAUUUCAGUAACGUAGGAGAAUCUGACCCUAUGUAUGAUAGGUGAUUUAUGCAGUGUCCUUGGUGGGGAGAAUUCUGAGUCAGAGUCUCUUCCCCACUGAGGCUUGAUUUAAGACAGGAGGAGAAAAUGGCAGCACCAGCCAUGCACUGAGGGACAGUGAGCUUCCUCCUCAGCAGCUUGAUUCUGUUCUCGGGGCAAAAUCACUUCAUUGCCAAUCCACAGGACCUUGAGAGGGAAUAUCCUGUAAGAUCGACUUUAGCAUGAGUCAUUUGUCCUGUUCUUCUGUGUUCCUUUGACUUGAACACUCUUUCCCAUCUGGUCUUCUAAUGUUAACAAGUGAAGAAAAGACUUUUACACAAAAGCCUCAGGAUGGUCUGAAGCUCACGGUGUUUUUCUUUCCCUCCAUGCAGGCAGAGGAACCCACCAAGGAAUAAGGUGUGUAUUCUGGAAGCGCUCCUUGGCUAAGGAAAGAUCUUCAGUGUGGCAACAGGUGGCACUUACUCUCCUGCUUUUGCUGGAGGGCUGCUUUGGUUUGAGCUUCCUGACAGAAAGGAGAUAGGGGCAGUUUGGUUUUAAAAACACUCAGUCCAUCAAGCAAAAAACCAUGACCUUCCCCUCGAGUCCCCGGAGGCAGAAUUGCCAUGUAGAUGGAAUAGGGUGGUGUGCAUCAGGGCGAUACCGUGUGGAGGGGACAGCCGUGUGGAGUGAUUGGGAAUGACUUUGGCACUGUAUGUGUGUUUACCCAGAAAAUUCAGAAAAAUUUUCUAAAACAUUGAAUCACUACUGCACAUUUCACAUAAAUGAACUCAUUCAUCUUCCACCACAGCUGUACCUGAAGAUAAAUGUUGUAUCCUCACUCCUCACAUAGAGAUGAUGCAGAGAUGAAUUUCCCAGGCUCUCAAUCUCCCAAACGGAAGACACAAAUGGGAACUCAGGAACGGGAAAAAAAUCGAUGCAGUGGUUUACUACUGUGCAUUCACCAGGCGGCCCUGGUAUAACUCGUCAUUAUGCCAGGCAGCUCUGGCAUCUGUUUAUGCAUGUGGAAGGAGAAGAGCCUUGAAAGGUCCCAAGGACUGUCUGUCAUUUUAGGGAGGUCUCAAAGGCUGCCUGACGCAGAGUAUAA